AUGCAUGUCCAGGAGAACGACAGUGGGAGCUUCUUCUGCAGGGCCUCCAACGUCCACCUUCAAAGAUUCCUCACCUCUAGAAGAGCUACCCUAACUGUGCUGGCCCCUCCAUCAGUGAAACUGUGGCCCCAGGUGCUGACGGUGCCUGUGGGUGCUCGGGUAGUGCUAGAGUGUCAGGUGUCUGGUCACCCUCUACCCUCCAUCAGCUGGGUGAAGAGAGGCCACUCCAAGCAGACUGGAGGCAAAAUUGCUCUGGGACUGAGAAAUGCCACUCUUUACAUCCAGUCAGCCAGGAGCUAUGAUGAGGGACUGUAUGUGUGUGAGGCCUCCAACACACUGGGCCAAAGCCACAACACAGCAAUGCUGCGAGUCGCGGUGAGUCCCAUCAUAGUGACCUUCGUAGCUCAGGUGAACUGCAGGAUUGGGGCUGCAGUGGUCCUGCCCUGCAGGGCUGUAGGGAUUCUGCCCAUCACAUAUACCUGGACCAGGGGCAGAGCAGAUACACAGUCCCCCAUCAGCCCCACUAAAGACAGACACAUUGAUGACGACGGAGCUCUGCAUAUUUCCAGUGUGCAGUAUUAUGACGUAGGGGAAUAUUACUGUACUGCUGAGAACCGAGCAGGACGACAUCAGAAACAUACCAUCCUCACUGUCACAGCUGAACGUCAUCCAGCUGAUACAGGCAAGCAGACAAGACUGGUUUUGUCUGCUUGCAAGUAG